GUCCAUGUACCAAACUCAAAAUCUGUUCUUUACUUUUUCUCCCCUCUCUGGAACUUCACUACAAAACCGCAUACACAAACGUAGUUCGUUUCUCAAACGCAUCAUCUCCCACAUCGCUAAAACCAAAAUGCGCAACAACGACCACAUACCCGUUCACCACGUCACGGGUCCGAACCCCAAACCACAGCAACUGAAACGGCACCACACGGUACGGUAUUACGUCCAUCGGGUCCAUGAAAGCCUCACAACCCGGGUCUCCAAAAUAAUCUGCGCCACCUUUUUGGGCCUCCUGGCCAUCGUGGGCCUAAUCACCUUCAUCCUAUGGCUGAGCCUCCGGCCCCACAGGCCCAGGUUCCAUAUCCACGAGUUCAACUUGCCAGGCCUGACCCAAGAAUCUGGGUUCCAAAACGCGGUUAUAACCUUCCACGUAAGCGCCCGAAACUCCAACCAAAACAUCGGGGUUUACUAUGAGUCCAUGGGCGUGGCAGUUUAUUACCGCGACCAGAAAAUCGGGACGUCGCCGUUACUUUAUCCGUUUUACCAACAGCCUAAGAACACGACGGAGGUGGACGGUGACCUUAGUGGAGCCACGUUGACCGUUAGUAGUCAGCGUUGGUCGGAGUUCGAGAGUGAUAGGACUGACGGUAGCGUGGUGUUCCGCUUGGAAUUGACGUCUGUGAUCAGAUUCAAGAUAUCCACGUGGGACAGCAAGCGCCACACGAUGCACGCCAACUGUGAUGUGGGCGUGGGACCCGAUGGUUCCCUCUUGACUAAUUUCAAGGACAAGAGAUGCCCCGUUUAUUUCUCUUGAGAUUAAUUAUGCUAUAUACAUAUUUUCACUAAUUUAUUUUGUAAUUCAUUGAUUAACUUUAUUAUGUUUCGUUUUCUCAGCCACUUUUCAUCAUCUCUUUUUUUUUUUUUUUUUUUAAUUCAUUGCUGUUUUAGAUUUGUGAUUACUCUGUUAUGUUGUGUAAUAUUCAUAAUUUUCUCACAUCUAUGUUGGGAUUUAUUAAGAUGGUGAAAAAAGACGUGUGUUGUUAGAGUUCAUUAUAUGGCAUGUAUGUAUUUCAAAGC